AUGUUUUGCGACAGAUACGAUCCAAAGCCCGCGAAAGAUGAGUCCGGGGAACGCCUUCUGGCGGAGGAAGAAGGAACUCCGUGGAGUGCCAAUGAAGAAUCUUCGACGAAAAUCUGCAGAGGAUUUGCAAAUGCACUUUCACAUAUUACUGCACUUACAUUAUUCUUCCUGGUAGGGUCUUUGUUUGGCUUUUCCUGGCGUGGAGACCUGGAUGGCCUUUGUAGUGCACAUACUUCCCAUUAUUCAACCGUAUCAAAAGAGGUUGGUAUCAAGUACAGUCCUCAACAAUUCAAUGGCUCGCUCCUCAAGGAAAACGAAUUUCGACAAAGCGCCGGUCCUGAGGUAGACGCAGCAUGGGAGUCAUUAGGAGUCAAUUAUCGCAGCAUCAAGAUACCGUCUGAAGAUGCUGAAAGGAGCGGACUGGCCUCGGACCAGGUGAAAAUCAACCCGAAAUAUGGGGGAGGUUACCCAGCGAAUGUCGAAGGCCUGCAUCACCUCCACUGCCUGAACCUCCUUCGCCAAUCACUUUAUUACAACUAUGACUACUACCAUACAAAGGGCGAAGGUCCAUUCCUGAACGAUGAUUAUAUCGUCCGCCGGCAUGUCUCCCAUUGUCUCGACAUCCUUCGCCAAGAGCUCAUGUGUACAGUUGAUACUGGUGUUCUUGGUCAAGUUUGGAUCUACCCCGAAAACCCAGAGCCUUACGUUGACUUCAACACUCAACACCGGUGUAAGAAUUUCGAAGAUGUGCGUCGGUGGGCAGAGGGAAAUCAGUUGCCUUUAGAUCCUCCUCUUGACUUUUUGGAGCCGCCGUCAGAGGGAGAUAGAAUUUAUGAUGAGAUGCCUUAG